CCAGCUAUUUAAUACAAACGCCGCUUCCUAUCCGUCACUUCUUGACACUCAUUUUCGCUUUACCAUCUUUCGGCAGCUUUUUGGUCUUAUUGUGGAUCCCAACUCAUCUAAAUAGCACUGCUUUUACCAUCGAAACAAACAAAUUUACAAUGAUCACACGCACCCAAUUAGAAAAGAUUACGGACUCGUAGCCGGAUAAGGCGGGGAAUUCAUGUUUUCACCGCAGCCACAUCAAAGCCGUGAUUGCAAGCGUUUAAACGCGAUAACUUGCAUAAAAAGGUCAAGAGGGGGCCCGACUCGGACUCUUUUUCCCGUCAUCACCUCAAAAUCGAAGUUCCAUUUUCAAGCAAACAAGAUGCCUCUCUACCUCUGCGUCUGCCCUGACUACCCCAACGUUUUCGAGAAGCGUCUCGCUGCCCGUGAAGCUCAUCUUGCUGGUAGCAAGGUGUCUCGAGAGGCUGGUACUACGCUUUUCGGUCGAGCCUACAUGGACGAAGCCUCUGCUACCUCCAACACCCGCCCCAAGGUCGAGGUCCCUGCUGGACAGAUUGGUACCGGCACCCUCGGAUCCACCAUGCUCUACCGGUUCCCUACUAUUGAAGAAGCUUGGGAAAGGAUUAAGUCUGACCCUUAUUGGGUCCAGGGGGUCUGGGAUAAGGAGAGGGUUACCGUCAACGAGUUGGCGUAUCUCCCUACCGACGAAACGUUGAAGCUUGUCAGUUAAGGAUGGGAGUAGGAACAAAAGGAUGGAAAGAAGAGCAUGAUAUGCAUUUUGAGUAGUAC